UCAGCCCUAGAAUCGAUCCUCGAACUUUUCUCAAAGACCCAUCCACAUCUCAAUUCUACAAAUUAAAGAUUUGCUCGAUUCCAGAUUUUUUUUUCCCUUUGUCAGAUCCAAGUUGGGUUACUAAAGUUCCGAGAGGAGACAAAUAAAAACUGUAUCUAGGUUUUCGGAGAGUUUGGUCGUGACGGGUUUUUAGGUGUGAAAGUAAAUGGUGGAUCAGCCUACCCUCGACUCUAUUUCAUCUCCCUUUCUUCGUCAACCUCUUUUUUCGAUUCUCUGCUUCGAUUGUGUUCGACAAAAGCAAUGCUAAGCGUGAUCCGCGUGCACCUCCCUUCCGAGAUUCCUAUUGUGGGCUGUGAGUUAACUCCUUACGUCCUUGUUCGCCGCCCUGAUAAGACCGCCGCCACUGAUGAUGUCCCUGAGUCAGCUCCUCUCGAUGGCUACUUCUUGAGAUACAGAUGGUAUAGAGUACAGAGCGAUAAGAAAGUAACCAUUUGCAGUGUGCAUCCAACGGAACAAGCCACCUUACAAUGUGUAUUCUGCUCAAAGCGUAGAGCCCUCGUCGCAAAAAGCUACCACUGCUCUCCCAAAUGCUUCACAGACGCCUGGCAGCACCACAAGACUUUGCACGAGCGAGCAGCUGCAGAGAACGGAAACGAGGAAGAUGAGCUAACUCGGUUUAACAGCACAGGCUCCGGUGUUCUCGCCAGUACCUUGUCCGGCUCAAUGUCGAAUCUCACCCUCGCCAAUAACGGCCCCACGCCGUUCUAUCCUUCUAGCAUCACGCAGAAGAACGGAGGAGAGACGCUAAUCGAGGUCGGGGGUUGCAAAACGUACACACCGACCGCUGAUGACAUUGGCUACGUGUUGAAAUUCGAGUGUUUUGUGGCUAAUGCAGAGACUAAACAGUUUGUGGGACAUCCUAGUACAAUUUUGACAUCACGUGUGAUCCCUGCGCCUUCCCCGAGUCCUCGUAGGCUUAUCCCUGUAAAUGGAGCUGAUGUGAUGGGUCACUUAGAUCAAGAUGGUCGGAUUCAGAGUGCGGGAUCGUUCACUGUGCUUUCUUAUAAUAUUUUGUCUGAUACUUCUGCAAGUAGCGACCUUUACAGUUACUGCCCUCCUUGGGCUCUUUCUUGGCCGUACCGAAGACAGAAUCUGUUGAGGGAGAUUGUUGGUUAUCGUGCUGAUGUAGUUUGCCUGCAAGAGGUACAAAGUGAUCAUUUCCACGAAAUUUUUGCACCGGAGUUGGAUAAACAUGGGUAUCAAGCUCUCUACAAGAGGAAGACUAAUGAGGUUCUAAGCGGAAGUACAAGUGCAAUUGACGGAUGUGCAACAUUUUUCAGACGGGAUAGAUUUUCACAUGUCAAAAAAUAUGAUGUUGAGUUCAAUAAGGCUGCUCAGUCUUUGACUGAGGCUAUAAUCCCUCAUACGCAGAAGAGAACUGCUUUAAACCGACUUGUGAAGGAUAACAUUGCGUUGAUAGUUGUUCUUGAAUCGAAGUUUGGUAAUCAACCUACUGAUCCUUCAGGGAAACGCCAGCUUAUCUGUGUGGCAAACACACAUGUUAAUGUUCAACAAGAACUAAAGGACGUGAAGCUCUGGCAGGUUCAUACUUUAUUAAAGGGGCUAGAAAAAAUAGCUGCUAGUGCUGAUAUCCCUAUGCUUGUAUGUGGAGACUUCAAUACUCUUCCCGGAAGUGCUCCUCAUACACUUCUUGUAAUGGGGAAAGUUGAUCCACUACAUCCAGACUUAAUGGUUGAUCCCCUUAAUAUCCUGCGUCCUCAUACUAAACUGACUCAUCAGCUACCUUUGGUGAGCGCUUACUCAUCGUUUGUGAGACCGGUGAUGGGACUUGGAUUGGAGCAGCACAGAAGGAGAAUGGAUCUUAAUACAAACGAGCCUUUGUUUACUAAUUGUACAAGGGAGUUCAUUGGCACUCAUGACUAUAUAUUUUAUACAGCGGAUACUUUAAUGGUGGAAUCUUUAUUGGAGUUACUGGACGAAGAUGGAUUGAGAAAAGAUACAGCUCUUCCUUCACCUGAAUGGUCUUCUAAUCACAUUGCACUCUUGGCUGAGUUUCGAUGCAUGCCUAGAACCAGACGCUAACCGCUCUUUCACUACCUUCUAUCCAUCCCAAAUUCGCUUUACAGAAGAUAGGUUUUUGUUUGUUUGUUUCUGGUUUUUUUUAAUCAGGUUAUGACAAGAACUCUUUAGACAAACCCCUGCCAAAAAUAUGUCAUAGAGAGGACACAAAGGUCGGAAGUGGUUCUGAUACUAGAGGCAGAUCAUGUUCUGAAGUUGGGUCAUUCUUUAAUGAUGACCUCCUCUGUGUUGUUUUGUCUAUACCUUUUGUUCUUCUCAUUUUGAUCAGUUUUAUAGAUACCCCUUGUUGCUCUCAUGUAUCCUUUCCAUUUUUAAUAAAAAUAUGGUUUUAGAUCUUAA